AUGGCCGAUUCUUGGGCGCUUGAUGCUCAGCUCCAGGCAACUGACGAGGAUGUUCAGGCGGAGCUUGUAGACCAGUACAACCAGUACAGUGGCAGCUUCGAUUUUGAGAUCAAGGAGGAUCUCCUACUACCAUGGCCAAGUUCGAAUGACCGGAGUAAUAGCCGCUCGACUUCUUUCCAAAAGCAAUGGAGCUCAAUCGGGCGAACCUCGGCCGCGAGUGGUGCCACGGGCUCUGGCAACGAAGAUCCAAGCAUUAGGAUUCCAGAAAUAAUCGCCUUUCUAAGUAGUAAAGACAGCAUGAGAAAUGGCGACAUUUGGCCCCAUCGGAUCGCCGAGAUAGAGCAGUAUCUCGAAAAUGCCGAGCAGCGACGCCAACGAGGCGAUUACGUCUUCACAGAUCUCAAUCUGGUUCGAGCCUUGCACGAUGCCCGCGUCAUGGUCAGAGUCCACCACUUCUACGACAAGCGCCGCCACGAUGCUUUCACGCCCUGGACGGAAGAGACUCUGCAAGGUCAGAUCAGACAGGAACGCCUGCUCACCUACCCGAUGGCCUUCCCUCCGCCGACUCCCAGCAGAGCCCAAUCUGAGUUUAAACGUAUCGAGAAUGUCCCACGGCCGGAUGAUUGGAGGCUUCCGUCUUCUUUGAGCAUCGUAGCAACGCUUGACCCGGGUACCAACCAGGAUGCAAAUGGCCGGACCCUCCCUCCCUUGAAAUCCAGGACUGGUACUAAGACCGUCGGCAUAGGCGUGACUUGCGGCCCCUACUCUCUCGCUCAGCCCGAGCGGAUUUAUUUUCCAGGGCAAGUCACCGACGACGACGACGACGGUGCCUUCGACGAUGAAGACAUUGAAGGCCGCAGACCCGGCGGAGUUCUUGAUCCCGCUAUGGCGGAGGUCAUGAUGUAUUGCCACAGCGAGAACUGGUUCUUCGGAAGUGCUUUGCGGGACGCGAAAAAGCAAUCAAAGAUUUCGACAGCCACCAACCUCCGAUUCGACAUGGACAACGAGCAUUUCGAGCGCUGCAUCAAGGGAGGGCUGGCGGAAACCUGCGCCAAUGUGCCUCCGUACGACAACACGAUAGAUCCUAGUGGCCCCGGCGGACCUUCUGGAGGACCUCCUGGACCCCCUGGAGGACCCCAGGAUCCCAAUUUCUACCCAAAGCGCGGGUGGCAGCGGGCUGCUCUCCAGCAGUGCCUGAACAUGUUCACGAACCACGAGAACCGUGUCAUCAACACUAUGUGGCGGCGGCCUAUAUUCCCCUACAACGAGCCUAUCCCGUUACCGAAGGAGAUUGUAUACCACCCGCGCGUGCUUCAUAUUGACAAAGUACCGAUGAGCGAACGAGACCCGUUCCCGUGGGUUCAUUGGUCCAACCAGUACCAGUUGAUGACAGACUAUCUGGCAACGUGGCAACGCCGAAGGUACAAUAAAAUGAACUGGGAAAUUUUCGAAGCUUCUGCUUUGCCCAUGAACUUCCGUGGGCCCCAGAACUACCGAGGGAUUGCCGUGUACGACGACUAUUGGCUCAAGAUCGGCGAGUAUCUCGAACAGCUGCUCGCCUUGCUAGUGAGGACAUGGGGAGUUGCUCCCCGACCCCUGCUAAGAGCCAUCCUAAGGGACAUCGACGCAGGUAGAACUGAUCCUGUUCCCGCCAUUUUAGACGACAACAAUUACCCCAACGAAGACGAGGAGACACCCCAAUACCGGCGUGAGAAGAACCGCCUUCGACGCCGGGAUAUCAUGCGCCGCCCAGGCAUAGACUUUACGACCGGUACCGGUCCAGGUGCGGGCCCGGACGAGUAUUACGAAGCCCAUGAGCACGAGAACAGAUACAAGCUCGUUGACGAGCGCGACAUCGGCUGGCUGAGAUACCUCUGCCAGCCCUCACGCACUCUCAAAGCGAGCGAGACCUGCUCUUGGGACAACCUCCAGAUCAUUUUCGACGCCAAGCUUCAGCUGUAUUUUGCGGACGUCUACAAUUCCGGGGGUCCAGACCACCUUGUGAAUGUGUGGACGGAUAACGAUCCGGGUGAGUUGGUCGACGAUAUUCGGACGACCCUCGACUGGAUUGGCCCGGAUGUGCAAGAACAAAUUCAGAUUCAGCGCGAGGCGUUCCCGAUCCCAACCGUCGUGGAGGCACUAGCAUACAUCAACGGGUGCGGCGAGGACGAAGUGAAGGACUACAGCAAUAAUGAUCCCUACCUGCUACAUCCGAACAAGAGCUAUCAGUUCAGCUUGGCGGAGGCGGAGACCUUCUUGAUUGAAAUGCAGAAGGCCGGCCGGUGCAAGUUCCAUCCUGCGACAGAGACCGAGAAUUCCAAAGUAGAACGACCGGACUACGAUUUGCACCCUGAGGAUCGAGUACGCUGGCGUUAUGCGACCGACGAGGAUCGAAAGGAACAGAUCCAGGAGUUUCGGGACGAUAUUACGACGUACUACCACGUGCAGUAUCCUACUCAGGGUUUAAUGGGAACAAUGUUCGUCGAAGAUGGCGGUUCUCAGGAAGAACAAUAUGCCAAGGAGCUGGCUUGGAUGCUUGAUCACGUUGGCGUGCAGUUUCCGGGAGAGCUUGCCUGCCUGGAAUAUGAGAUAAACCCUGCUCUGAGAAUGCAAUUCAUCACUCGGCAUAUAAAAGAGGAAGAGUCGUGGGUUAUCGAGGACUUCGAUGAAUCGUACACCGAGUAUGAACGCCGGUCGCCCAUGUAUGAGGACUUGAUGUCGUGGCAGCAACUGGCCAAGGUGGAAAAAACACGGCUACAAUGGGUCAAAGAGCUCCGGGCGAAUCAGGCAGCUAUGCGCCCCCCUGAUUGGGCCAAGGACCUGCAGAUACCGUGGGAAACGAACAGAACUCCUGAGCGGACUUGUCAGUUCUUCCGCAACUUGGCCUAUCGUAUGGGCCGCACACUGAGGCACGUGGACAUGAUCAGGGAGCGGCACCUGAACAAGGUGCGUAACACCUGGAAGCGGCCGGUCCUUCUAGACAUGUCGGACGACAAGAAGGAGCCCAGGCCCGUGGCCACCAGUGCCACGCAGCUCGACAAGCCCGACUUAGUCCAGGAGAUGGUCCAGAUAUGGGAGAAGCCCAUCUCUGUCGACGACUACGGAUUGGCAGUGGACGCGUGGAACGAGGACAUCCGCACCGGCAGGGGGGAGGUAAACUUCAUGCCGCCAGACAUCCAGGAGGUCAUCGACAAGGCCGACCCGGGCUACACCGUCAGGAGCAACAAUAAGGACGAGAACCCUUUCACCAUCCUGAGGGAGGGCAUUAUUGGCGACCUUGUCCGAAACCGGCCAAUGUUGUACCCCGGACGCCACGUGGGGCUCCUGGACCAAAACGGAAGCAACUUCAAAGGGGUUGAAAGACCCAGCCUCUUCGCCUGGGCGACUAGGGAACAAAGACGCUUUCAAGCAAAAUACACCCGCGAGCACUUCUUCAGCAUGCGUCGCUGUCCCCUUCAUCGCCAGUCCCCCGCCAGGAAGCAGACCAUCGAGACCCGCGAGGACGAAAUCGUCCGGCGAAACCCUACUAACGCUGACCAAGAGUUCGGCAUCCUCACAUACCGCAUACCCUUAGGCCAAGAGAAACCCGACAUCAUGCAGCAAACUAACAGUGGUCCUACCAACAAGAACCCGUUCGGGCAGAAGCCGGGGCAGGGUUAUCAAAGCCCCCCUAUCUCGCCAAACAAGCAGCAGGGGAAGCCCCAGACGCAGAAGCCUCCUCCCACUACACCCAAGAAAUUGGGUAAACCGAGCAUUUCUGCAUUGCCCGAUGGGGUUGCAGGCCCUCUGACCAAGAUACAGCGCGCAGACGACAAGUAUGUCGCCGGCGCGGCCAUCUUCCCGGCGGGAGAGACGCUGCUGCAGCAGACCAUGAUCAGUCGACAGCUAGAACAGGCCCUCUACCCGCAGAAGACGUACCUCGAGCUCGGCUUCAAGGGCAACAUCAAGACGGUAUGGAAAAAAAUCACCGAGAACGCACCACCCCAGAUUCCGCUGCUGCCCCCCAUCAAGAGGUCGGAGAUUCCGCGCAGCAACCCCCUGAAGCGCAAGGUCCCCAGGAGCUUCAUGAUGGACCCCAAGUAUACGGUGGAGCCGGUGAGGACAAGCAGCCAGUCGAAGAAGAGAUCGUCGCACCAUGGGGGAUCGACACAAAGCUCGACACAAAGCCAGCAGCUGCUGCCACCCCCAGCUGACCAAUAUGACUUAACCACAUUCAAGUGGAUGAUCGCUAUACGUGACGACUUUGAGGGGGGGACCCCGGCUGAGAGAACUGCUGACCUCGAAACUGCCAAGAACACCUUCGGGGGCUGGUUUAUCGUGUUCCAUAUGACUGAGCCGCACGCGAAGAUCGAUGGCCUCUUGUACGCACUGAUCUCGAGCUGGAAGAAAAUGCACCCCAAGCAACCCUGCCCGACCGCCCUCGAGCUGAGGGCACUGUUCAACGAUCCUCGGAUGCCAACGGACAACCGCCAAGAGUUCUUGGACAACAACAACCUCUUCUCGCACUUGCAGAUAACCACGCUCCUGGUCCUAUGGGGCGAAUCUCGCAACAUCGUUCCCCGCCUCUGUUAUUUCACCAAUAGUCACCCGGCAGUACUCCCUGUACCACAGCUCACCCCGGACCCAAGCAACCCGGCCGUCGCAGAUGCGGACAAGACCAGACUCGACAUCUGGGUUUUCAGCAGGAGACAUUGGCUGCAUGGCAUCGGAAAACCGGUGCAGCACGACGCCAUGCGUGCCGAUAAUCACGAUCUCAACUAUCAUUUCGGCAUGCCGCGUCCACGCUCGCCACCGGUAUAA